AUGUCGGCUGUUGAUGGGGGCGAUGGUAGCGUCCUUCAAGGCGAUGAGCAACCAGCUGGAGACAGCGCUUCUGUUGUGCCUGAGGGUGACGAUCGUAGUCAAGACUUUUCGGGUUCCGCUAAAGAGCAAGGCGAAGAGCGUAGAGACCGGGGGCGUGGAGCUUCCAACUCUACUUCUGGGAGAUGGGAUAGCACGGCUUCUUGGGGGGAGCAUAGCUAUCGCAGGGGUGACGAUCGUUACUGGAGACAGCAGCGGCAAGACGACAGCUGGGGCGACGAUAGAAACUGGUGGUGGUCUAACGACGACCAGUGGAAGGACACAUGGGACGAUGAGGAUGACUACUGCGAUGACGACGAAGACGACGACAACCAGAGUUGGGAUCCCUGGGCAAGCGCCUGGAACAAGAAGCAGAAGGGCGAUGGCUACUGGCAGGGCGGCGGAUGGCGCGACCAACGGCAAGGAGAUGACCGACGGCGUGACCUUCGACCUCCCCAGGCAGAUGGUGGAGCCGGACGUGCCCAAGGGAGCGAUUAUCCGGGCCAUCGAGACGAUGCUAAGAACGUUUGGGACGGAUGGCGUCACUUCUCCGGUUCGGACAAGAGUGACUCAGGUUCGACUGGUGGAGGUGACCGACGCUCUUCUGGAGGAGGAAGCCGGCCAUCUGAGAAGCUUACGGUGCCUGGCUUCUCUGGCGAGGAUGCCGAGGAUGUUGGAACCUCGGCCCGCUCCUACUUGAGACAGAUCGAGGCCUGGAAGCGCAUGACGCUUCUGCCUAGACACCAACAAGGUCUGGUGCUUUACCAGCGCUUGACUGGUAAGGCGUGGGUGGCGGCCGAAGAGCUCAACGUGGAUCGCCUGGGUGCCGAAGACGGGGUGCAGUACCUCGUGAAGUGGAUCACCAACAGGUACCUGGACCUGGAGGUGACCCGGAUCGGGAAAGACUUCUCGGAGUUCUUCAGGCGGCUCAGGAGAUGUAACCUCCCGGACGAUUGUGCCGCUUGGCUUUACGUGGACCGCUUGCAGCUGGAGGAAGCCGCAGAGUUGAACCUCUUGGCCAGUGUCGGGAACACCUACUCGCUCCCUCGUUUGCAGCAAGCAGCCGUCAUUCAUGAUCGAGGGCACCGGAAACCUUGGGAAGGUAACGGCUCCGGAAAAGGGAGGCGACUUCACACCGCCCACUUCACCGAGGCCGACGACUCCUUCGACUCCUGUGAUGACGACCCUGGCUACGAGGACGAGGAUGGUGGUGUCUCUGAAGAGGUGGCGAUCGCCUACGCUACUUACCAGACGGCUAAGCAGAAGUACAAGGAGAACCAAAAGAGCAGAGGAUUCAACGGAGGACAAGGCGAGCGGCACGAGACGCAGCAGGCCCCGAGGAACAACGAGAAGUCGAACGAGAAGAUCCGCGUGAUGAAGGCGAAGUCAUUCUGUUCCGGAUGCGGCCGCCGUGGACAUUGGCAUAAAGAUCCAGAAUGUCCUCACAACCAGGGCCAGUACCAGAAGGGCGUGGAGAAGAGCAAACCCUCCGACAUCGGCUUCUGCAACUUGCUGCCCGCCGAGGUCUACGCCAUCAAGCAUGAGAACGCUGGAUUGGUCGGGAUCACGGACACUGCUUGCAUACCGCUUUGCUUUGGUACUGGGAAGAUUUACUACUCUUCGUUCUUUGUGGGCUUGGCCUUUGAACUUGGAAACAAGAUAGUGCAUGUCAGGACUUCCAUCAUCAACGGCGACGUGCCUUUGCUCCUCUCCAAGACCGUCCUCGGGAAGCUCGGCAUGGUUUUCGACAUAGAACGGGGGCAAGCGGACUUCAACAAGGUCGGGCUGAGAGGGUUCGAUUUGCUUGUCACCGCCUCGGGUCACCCUGCAAUCCCCAUCGUCCCGACCAGAAUGGACGGCGACUCUAGUGCCUUUCAUGCAGAGGAUUUGAAGUUGGUGCCCAAGGGAGAAUACAUGGCGUUUGCAGUUGCUCAUGGUGCUGGUCCCUCAAAGAACCCCGAACGGUAUAACUUCUUCUAUGACAAGAAGCUAGAUCCUGGAGUCAAAGACAUGCUCACUCGUGAAAGGCUUCCCCAAGACGAAUUCUUAGCAUGGUGGAGAACAAGUUCAGUCAUGUCCGAUUUCUGGUUAGAGUCCGAGCAUGCAUGGGUAAGGAUACACGUUACUCCCCGGAAAGCUCUCUUCAACCCAUCGGCUUGGAAAACUCGAGCAACCGUCCAGAAGGAGAUGCUUGUGCAGACAGCUGUUGAGGAAAGCGUCAAGCCCCUAGCCUUUCCCCUUGCGCUCCUCGCGGACAUGGAACAGGCGCCAUGCAAGCCGCGGCCGAUCAGCCACAUGUCCAAGACCCAGCUUCUGGAGGAAGCCAACCGCCUGGGCGUCGUCGUUCAUCACACUUGGGGGGUGACGGAGAUCAAGGCCUGCGUUAUGGAGGCCCGAGAAGCAGCGAAGGAGCAAGACCCCUCCGAGCAGAUGAAGCGCAUCUCGCACAUGACCUUGGCCGAGCUCCGUGCGAAGGCCAGCGAAUUGAAGGUGGAUUAUGGCAGCUCGACCACCAAGGGCAACCUCCUUCGCCUGAUACGCGACUCGCUCAAUACUCCAGAUCAAGAGCUCAUGAAGAUAGGGAAAUUCAAAGGGCUGCAGUUCUGCGAAAUCCCGAGGAGCUAUGGCGAGUGGACGAUCAGAGAGCUGGAGAUGGCGGACAGCCCCGACCCGGAGCUCGUGAGGUUCGGGCGCUGGUACAAGCAGAAGUACGCGAAGGAGGAGACCAAGGGCUACUCGAGCCAGGAUGUGCCAGAUCGACAAGGGAGUUCACGCUUGAUGACCGCGAUUGUUUUCGCCUACGACUCCGGCGAUUUCUCCUUUGCUACCUGCCAAGAGAUCCUCGAUGAGGCCUCCGGAGACAUCCUCAAGGGUCAGGGUACCAGAAAGCGUGUCCUCCACGGAGCCAAGUGCCAGAUGGCGUUCGGCUUCUAUGUGCACGGGGGGAUGACUGGCGUCACCAAAGCGGUGGUCAAUCAUAGUACCCUGGCACGAUAUCUCAAUGCCUUCACCAGAGCCCACGUUGGGAAAGAUGCAACGUGGGGAGCAAUCAGUAUCUUCAAGGGUGGAUCCGUGAAGGUCCACCACGACUACAACAACGCGGCCGGGACCAAGAACUACUUCGCUUCCUUCGGACAAGAAAGCGGCGGGCAGCUCUGGACACAUGACCACGAGAUCAAAGAGCGCGGCCUCGAGAACGACGACAAAGGCAAGAUCGUCUGGAAGAGGACCGGAUCCGGAGAAUGGCUGCCCGGUACGCUGAAGGACACCAAGGAGGAGUUCGUCGAGUUCGACCCGCGUGUCAAGCACCACGUGGCCGAGACGGUCGGGGAGGCUUGGCAGAUUGUGGCCUACACCCCGCGUGGACUGGACAAUGUGCAGAGCGACACGGCAAAGUUCCUCAGGAAUUGUGGGUUCCCUCUGCCAUCGAGGCGGAGGAGGACCGAGGACUUGGGCGGCAAAAGGCCCAACAAGAAGCAGCGCAACCUGAUUGCGAAUACCGUUGGCAAGCUGAGCGUUUUGUUCGCCACUUUACUUGCCGCAGCCACCUCCUUUCUUUGCGAGACUGCCUGUGCCGAAGUUGUCAACGACCCCAUCGUGCUCCUGGAAACGAGAUCGCGCGCUCCACCUCGUGAAGGCCACGCACGACCCCACGACAUCUCCAUCUACACCUCGAGAGGUGCCGUGGUGCUGCAAGGAGGUCAGCCCAGCGCAGUGGUCGACGACCUCGACUUCUACCAGAGGUACAGCGGCAACCGCGAAGGAGAGGUGUGGACAGUUUUGGCCAGACCUAGCGUCAAGAAGCUGGAGUUGCCCAAGAGCCUCAGCCCACACAGCGUCCUUGUUGUCAGUGGGGGCGACAAAGAAAAGGGAGAGAAGCCGCUUAGGAUAGAUGGAUCGGGCAUAACCUUCGAGAAGGGGGUACCUGGCGGCAAAAGGGAUGCGAUGUCAAGUGUGCGAAGCUUCCAAAGAUCCGCAGAUAGCACGACCGGCCACCUUGCCGAGGAUGCUGAGCUUUGGCGAAAUGUGUGUGCGGACAUUUUGUACGCGCGCGACUGCGAUGACAGGAGGCACACUUUCCUUUCCUUGGUCGACGUCGGCACCACCUACCAGGUCGUUGUCAAGCUGGCCAACACGGGCGGGAAAGAGAUUGAGAAGGCCUUCAAUACCUAUUGGCUGACGCCUUUCGGUGCCCCCAAUGUCUGCAAGACGGCGGGGGUGGGCGAACGACAAGGCAAGUGGUUCAAGAACAUAUGGGGCCGUGUGUGCAAGGAGCUCUCCGUGACAGCCGAAGAAGCACAGCUGGCAGCGACAGCGGUGUGUAGCGCGAAGAACUGCCUGAGAAGGCGGUGUGGCCACUCCCCAUAUGCAUGGAUUUUCGGACGUGAAGGCCGCGCCAUUGAGGAUGUCCUCGAUCCGGACAGUGUGGGCCGCGUCAGCUUUGACGUUUCGGAUGAUGCUCGCUUCCAGCGCUUGACAGCGAUUCGAGCGAGCGCUCGAAUCGCCUUUCAUAAAUCAGAAAAUGAUUCGAAAUUGUUGAGAUCGAGAUGGGCAUACAAAGACAAAAACUGGUCAAAGCGGAGGCAGCAGGGGCAAGCUGAGUGGCGGUGCAAGUCCAGGCUAGUUAUAGCCGGACACACAGAUCCGGACUUGGCUACGGGGAGGUUAGCAACGGACGCACCGACUUUGUCGAGACCUGGGCUGCUGUGCUUGCUGCAGUUGCUCGCGAAUGGACUUCAUCAACCAGACCCCUGGCGAGUCUCGGCCGGUGAUAUACAAUGUGCCUUCCUUACGGGCAGCUACCUCAGCCGGGGCGAAGAGCUCUUCAUCCAUCAGCCGGCAACCGGCUUUCCUGGGAUGAAACCAGGACAGCUAGUCCGGGUCAAGAAGAACAUCUUCGGGUUAGCAACGAGUCCCCGAGAGUGGUGGUUGGACCUCCAGGACGGGAUCGGGAAGAUUGACAUCAGUAUCGAGGGGGACAUCGGCCAGCCCAAGGGGUACAUUGGGACCCACGUCGACGACCUGCUAGUGAUUGCGCCGACUUCCACCUCGAGAUUGAUCGAGCAAGCCCUUGGCCAAGCUUUUCCGAUCGACGAGUGGGAGAGCGAGUUGUUCAACUACCUCGGCUCCGAGAUCUACUACGGAGAUGGAGAAGUGGUGCUGUGCCAGCAGGCAUAUGCUGAGAGCAGGCUCUUCACCUUGGACUUGCCUAGAGGAGCCAGCGACGAAGACCUCGCCGGGCCCGACCUCAUUGCCGACAACCGCAGCCUGGUAGGGGCGCUCAGCUGGCUAUCAGCGCAGAGCAGGCCAGACUUGACCUGCUCCGUGAGCAUGGCGCAGCAAGUGCAGAAGCAGCCGACCAUUGCCGACUUGAAGUUCACCAACGUCAUCUCCAAGAAGGCAUUUGAGCACCGCGAAGAAGGACUGAGGUUUCGACCCAUCGACAAGACCGAGCUCCUCGUCAUCGUGUGCCACGACGCCGGGUGGGCGAAUGCGAAGGACACGGACCACGACGAAGAGGGCUUCGAGUUGACCGCCGAGGACAAGGUCGCUGGACUGCAGUGCGAGGGGCCUUUCGUCGCGAGAGGCGGCAGGAAGGCGAAGAGGAACAACUCCAAGGUCGCAUCCCAACUUGCGGAGCUCGUGGUGUUCGCAGAGAAGAAGAGCGUCCUGGAGAGUUCAGGGAACUUCAGCGCCCUUGAUUGGAAAUCAAGGGCAGGGCAGAGAGUCUGCCGGAGUACCUUCUCGGCCGAGACGCAAGCUUCAGUUGAAGGCGUGGAGGCCGGACAACAUGUGAGGGCGCUGUUCGAGACGCUCCUGUCGGGCGAGCUCGUGAAGGUCGAGGACUGCGUGACACCGCUUCUCUGCCUGAGUGAUUGCAGGUCACUGUACGACCAUGUGCAUAAGCAGGGAGUUCCAAAGAUACCGACCGAUAGGCGGUUGGCAGUAGAUUUGGCUGCGCUGCGACAGGCACUUAAGGCCGAGCAGUGGGCAAGUAAGCUGCCCUUGUCCUGGGUCGCGAGCCCCUUUCAGUUAGCAGACGUGCUGACAAAGCCCCAAGAUGCCACUAAGUGGUGGGAGUUCUUUCGGAGCAAACUGCUCGUCCCGAUCAAUUUGAAGGAGGAGGCUCGGGUCAGCACAGAGCUGAUUAGAGACAGGAAGACCAGUGUGAAGCCCAAAGAUUCUAUUGGUGUUAUUCCUGCUGUAUCAGAGUUUUGUAUCAUCGAAGAGGGUCUUCCU